AUGUCUGGUAAAGGAAAAGUACAUGGAGGUAAAGGUAAAUCAUCAGAAAUUGCAAGAUCUUCUACAUCACAUUCUGCAAGAGCUGGUUUACAAUUUCCAGUUGGUAGAGUUAAAAGAUAUCUUAAAAAAUCAGCUCAAAAUAAAAUUAGAGUUGGUUCAAAAGCUGCUAUUUAUUUAACUGCUGUUUUAGAAUAUUUAACUGCUGAAGUUUUAGAAUUGGCUGGUAAUGCCGCAAAAGAUUUAAAAGUUAAAAGAAUUACUCCAAGACAUUUACAAUUGGCAAUUAGAGGUGAUGAAGAAUUGGAUAAUUUAAUUAAAGCUACAAUUGCAUUUGGUGGUGUUUUACCUCAUAUUAAUAAAGCUUUAUUAUUAAAAGUUGAAAAGAAAAAGAAUCAAAAAUAA